AUGGUCUGUGCUAUGAAAGAGCUCAUCCCCCGUUACUGGGGAGACUACAGGAUGAAUGGACAAGAGCCGAUGCCUUUCGAGCCAGACGACACGAUGCUUAGGCAGAUCUAUAACUAUUCCGCUAAAAACGAGACUUUCAGACCUAUAGAAGUAAUGGGCAUAAAUGGAAAGAUAACGUUGAUAGACCGACAGUGCGACGCGGAAGAAUGGAUGACAUACUUCUUGGGCGAAUGUCGAGAAGCCACCGAUAAGGAGGUUGUUCCAGAUUGGGAGGCUAGCUACCGAGCACUCUUCGAGUUUGAGUUCGAAGAGCGACGCUAUUGCAAUACCUGCGAUAUAGAUAUACCCCGAAACCCUGAUCCUGCUAUCGAUCCACCAAGAAGCUUCAAACCACCCAGUUUAGGCUUCAAUGGCUGUUCAAUCGACCGCAACAAUCCCGGAACAAUAGUCACUGCCAUAGACGACCAACUGGCUGACGAAGUUGGCCUUAUCACAAAAGACUGUCCCGCCUGCAAGUCUAAUCGAUUAGUAAGGAAACGUUUCCGUAUCGAUGCAGCGCCAGAAUACAUGCUCGUCAAGUUCAACUUAGUGUACAAUGCCGCUCCGCCCCCCUCUCCUCCUAGUACAGUUCCCCAACCACCUGACAUGUGCAAAAUUACCGAGGCUAGUGAACUUCCUGAGAUUGACGAAAUACUUGAUUUGACUCAGCAUCAGGUCGAUCCUAGUACGAAGUUGAUGUACAGACUUGUGGCAGUCUUACCGCAUCUGGGUGCUUUAGACUGCGGUCAUUGGAUUGCGACCGUGAGGAAGUAUCCGAGGUGGUAUAACAUUAAUGAUGGAGAUGUGAACCAGGUGAAAGUGAAUUUUGCUUUGUCGAACCCGGAGGUUGUCCCAGAGAACUUGAGUGGCACUGGUGAGGAGAGAGAAAAGAAGAACAACAAGUUUCAGAUGGUUGUUUUGAUGUAUGCGAGAAUACCAUAG